GCUCCCACCAAUCCUCCACUCCAUUCCUCCUCGCGAAAGCGAAACCAAGAAGCAGCUCACCGCCGGAGAUGGCAGCGGCGGCACCAGCUUCAGGAGGCACGGCCCGCGCGUGGCCGCCGGCGGCCUCCCGGUUCGCAGCGGCGUGCGGCGCGCUCAGCCACUACGUCAGGUCGGCCGAAGCCGAGAGGGCGCAGGGGCCGCCGGCCGCGCCCGUGCCUGUGCGGCGGCCGCUCCCGCUCAUGCCGGGCGCCGACGUCGGCGCCCCGGAUCCCGCCGCCGAAGCGGCUCCGGCGCCGGCGCAGAUGACCAUCGUGUACGGCGACCAGGUGCUGGUGCUCGACGGCGUCCCCGCGGACAGGGCGGCGGGCCUGCUGCGCCUCGCCACCGCCGCGGCGCGGGGAGGACCAGCACCCGCGCCCGCGCCAGCGCCCGCCGACCUGCCGGUGGCGAGGAAGGCGUCGCUGCAGCGGUUCAUGGAGAAGCGCAGGGACCGGGCCGCCGCCCGCGGGGCGCCGUACCGCCGCCCGGACGCCGGCGACGCGUGCCCGGCAGCUGAUGACCAGAAGUAUCUCAAGCUCGCGCUCUGACAGGCGAUUCCUCUGCUUCGUGCCUGCAUGCUGGUAGAGUAGGAAGAGCACGCCGAAUCGAAUGUACAGAGAUAUGAAAUUUUUUGGUGCGCAUGUAGUAUGCUGUUCUUUAUGAAGAAAACAGAAGGCUUGGGUUUCCAUAACCCUGCAAAUUAAGCUGCAGAUUGAUGCCGGUGCGAAGUAAUCUUCGUCGAUUGGAAUCCAAAUUCGUCAGAUUUAAA